AUGAGCAAGGAGCUUUUAGAAGCAAAUCCCCUGGUUGAGAUAAAGGAAGCUUACCAAAAGAAAAAGAAGUUCAUCCGCCACCACUCCGAUAGGUAUAAAAGAGUAAAGCCGUCCUGGAGAAAGCCUCAUGGAAUUGACAGUAGGGUCAGGAAGAGAUGCCGGGGUGAAAGAGAAAUGCCAUCCAUCAAAUACAAGAAGCCAAAGGAGAUCAGACAUCUUCUUCCAAAUGGACUCAGAAAGGUGAGGAUAUUCAAUAUCAACGACCUUACUCCCCUAGCAUCCUUGAACAGAUUUUACUGUGGAGAGAUUGCACAUGCAGUAGGAGCUAGAAAGAGAAUAGCCAUCGUCAAUCGAGCAAAGGAGCUUGGAAUUUGCUUGUUGAACGGAAACGCACGUCUUGUUCAGGAAAUCGAGGAAUAA